AUGUCCAGUGAGAAGCUGGAAGAGUGCCUUGGCGUUCCCACCGAGCGGCUUGAGUUCAGGGCACAGGAGGAAACGUCAGUGUCCGAUGUCGACCCUCCAGCUGAACACGCUGAGGAGGCGAUCGAGUCCCUGGUUGACCUCAUCGUGUCUAUGGAGGCCACGAGCCCGGACGUAGUUCGAGGCAUUCGGAUCCACAAGCUUUUGCGGCACGCGCCGUGGUACUGGUGGCAGGGGCAACUGCGAGAAAUGCACCAAUUCAGCGAGAGGGUCCUGCAGAUCGAUGAGUUUUGGUCCCACAGCUGGCGCCUUGCGGCUUGGACCAAGUAUUUGAAUGCCCUGUUUCUGAACAACGCAUGGCCAGCUUGCGUCGUCAGCCUGGUCUGUUCCGGCAUCGCCUUCGCUCUUUUCCUGAUGGGAUGUCUGCCAGAAUGGACUCUUGGCCCGUUUCGUUGCAGCUGGUGCAGCUUUUCUGGCAUGGCGGCCUACUUCUUGACGCUGUUUCUUUGCCGUCGUCGGGUGCGUGCCUUCGUAGACAUCGCAUGCAUCAACCAGAAGGAGCCGGUGAAGAAGCUUGAGGGCCUCAUUAGCCUGGGUGCGAUCUUGAAGAAGUCGAAGCGGCUCCUGGUGCUCUAUGAUUCAACUUUCACAACGCGCUUGUGGUGCCUAUUUGAGCUAGGGGGCUACCUUUACAGUCGGGGCACCCCAGGACCAGCUUCAGCAGAGCCGGAGAUCAGAAUUUGCCCACCGCUGCUAGGACCGAUGUUGCUGGGAGUCCAGGCGCUCCUUGUUUUGAGUCUUCUUCUGCUACACAUGGGAAAGGCCUUGCUUCAGUAUCAGCUGGUUGUGCUUCCUUGCCUAGCCCUCAUCGCAACCCCCCUGGCGCAUGGAAUGAGGGCGUACUGGCGAGGCAUCGACGCCAUGCAGCAGCAAGUCGCACGCUUCUCCUUUGCCAAGGCGUCUUGCGACUGCUGUACGAGAGGACACCCGGGGGGGCGCUCGUGUGAUCGAGUCAUCCUUGCGAAGAGCAUCACGGCUUGGUUUGGGUCCAUCGAGGCAUUUGAGGCCAAUGUGCAAACCGAGGUCAGGAUGGCUCUUGUCCGGCAGCUUACGAACGAAGCCUUCACAUACGAUCGCUUGGUACAGGCGGCUGUGCCUCUCCUCUGGAUGCAGCUCGAUGUGAGCGCGAGCCACUCUGGAGAUUGGACCGUCUGGACUCGGUGGGUUGAGCUCAGUAGGGCAGCUACGCAUGUCUUUGCCAUCUGCCCCAGCUGGCUCAAACUUUUGUGCUUCGUGACUUUGAAGCUUCGUGCUCAGAAUUGUCGAGUGCCAAUGGACAUCGUCAUGUCCCUCGUCAUUGUGGUUCUUGGGUCGGCGAUCUAUCUCGGGUGUAGCACCCUGGAAGAAUAUCUCGUGUGGUUUCUGAUCCCUACCCAGCCGUACGGGCCUGUCUUCGGAAGUGUGAUCUCUGUGAGCACAUUUUCCGUCAUCGCUCUGGUCGCGUGGCGGUGUUUGCCUGAGUUUCGCUGA